AUGAAGGAUGCCCAAAAGAGGACUACGAAACAAAAUAUGGUAAGUACAAGUUCAUGUGCCCCCAACGUUCUGUCAUUGCCACAUUUGUCCUAUCCUCAGUUGCUAGACUUUGCUAAAAAGUUUAAUAAGUCUCGAUGUCAUUUACCAGAAAUAUUUGUCCGCAGCUAAGUUUUAAAGAUGUUUAUUUUAUUGCGUUUUUUGUCAUCGAUGAUUUCUGUUUCGCCUCCCGGAAGGUGGUUACUUCAACCGGUUCAUCUUUACCAUCUUUCUUGUUCACGACUUUUAGAGAUUUUUCAGUAAUGUAGGUUAUCUUGAGGAAGUCCAAAAUGUCCUUCUUGUGUACACACUCUAAGAGAAGUUGUCCACCGGCAAAGAUUAAACAAAAAUAAGAGUUCAGUAAACGUCACUAACUUUUUAAUGACAAUUUUAUCCAUUUUGCCACGAGACUUGUGGUCAGUGUUUAUUGCAAACCACGCGAAAAGUAUCAAAUUUUAAACAAGGAAGUUGUAUAGCAAUGAAACAAAAUGAAAUCUAGAAACAUUACAUCGUUUCAUAUGUAAUAAACAACAGCUUUCUUGUUAAUAACAGGAAAUAUAUACUUGCUUACGUCUAACUUUUGUCUGUUUUAAUGUUGUUGUUUUUUCUUACUGAGUGAGAGGGUGGUGGGGGGAAGUUGGUUUUUCUGCACGUUUUAUGACCUUCAAAAUUAAAUUAGUGUCUUUGUAAGGCAAUCUUUCUCGAUUUAUAAGAGUUUUAUUGGCCUGGCAAGAUGAGCUGAUAACCGUAAUUCGUUUGCCGCCAUUAAGCGUAUUAUGCGAUCAUAGUUUUAGUUACGCUUCCUUUGUUCAAGCUGUUUCAAAAAAAAUGACAGCGUGUUUCGUGACCAGAUGUUUGUUUGACUUUGGGGUUUUUCUUGAUUGGGGCUUAACAGAUCAAAGGAUUUUUAAUGAAUCUUUUUAAUAAUUCAAAGUGAAAAGCUUUUCCUCCGAAUGGUUCAUUUUAGUCAAAACAAUAAAGAAUUGUUUUUGAUAACAUUGAACAGAAAGUUAAUCAAGUCUCCUGCGAGUAAGAAAACAAGAACUGUUUCCUUAAAUCUUCACGUGAUGUAGUUCUAACUUUAGAAUCUGAGGGAGAAAUCCUAUGGUGCUAUUAUUUAAAUGAAUCAAAACCUCUUCAGCAGUAUCUGUGAGUGGUGCUAUUCGUUUUGAAUAUUUUGCAAAGAGAAAUUUAGAAUUUUGCCUAAUAUUAUAAAGAUUAAGUCGCCCAGAUAUCGAGAUAUCAAUCACCUAAUUUCAUCGAUACGUUUUUGUUUUGCACCAAAUAACAGCUUAAUUGAAUGAAAAAGAUUCCUUAAAACAAAAUACACUAAGUCCAUCAAAUAAGACAGCAUGUUUUCUGUGCGAUACAAAGUUGAGAUUUAUCAAAUCAGGUUGGUUCCGUGAGGAACAUUCCAGACAUAAGAAUCACCAACAGUGAAUCAACCAGGACAUUGUCUUUCAAACGUCAGAGUGAAUUAUAGAAAAUGGACUCCAUUUCAAGAGCAGCUGUCUUUUAAAGAUGCUUUCAGGUCUGACGUAAAUUUUACCGUCCAAACUUGACCAUCUAAAACAUAGGGGCACCCAAUGACUUUUUUCUGUAAAAUACCUGUUCGGAGAAGCAAAAUUGCGUUAAAAUUUUCUAUAGCUUGAGGAAGGCUAAAAAUUUCUAGAUGAACACUCCAUUCAUGUACAAUUUUCGAAGCUUAUCUAAUAAAUUCCCUACGAUUUUCUGAAGUAUAAUUUUGUGCAUUUUAUUCCCCAGGUUAAGCUAUUUUCGUAGAAAAAGAAAAGUAACCUAAAAUUUUAGCAUUCAAAAAUGUGAUGGAGAGAGGAAUCAGAUAAAUUCUUCUUUAAAUUGCAUCUAAAAUUUCGUGAAAGUAAUACUGAAGCCCGUGUAACUUCGAAAAGACUAAGUUGCCCUAGGAUGACCGAACAGAUUUGAAAUUCUGUAGCACUCUGAAUAGCCUAGAAAGAGUUUUCAAUGUAUGUAGGAGGAAACCGUCGUUGGGUGCCCCUGAAAACAUACUUCUCUUCGUAAGUGAGGUCGGUGGCGUAAGCUUUUUUUUACGUUCAGUAACUAUAAUAGGUGCAUGAAUUUUAAAAAUAGAAUACAAUAGACUUGUGCAUAAGUGAGCAUUUUAUUCUCAGCAGCGUUCAGUGAAUGCAAGGAACGGCACAAGAAGAAUCAGCUGUUACUUCUUGUAGCCGGAUCUACAUGUUCGUAACAAACGUCAAACUAUUUCAAAUGUGAGGCUGAAAGAAUUGAAACACUCUUUUCUAGAUCAACCAUCACGUGAAUUGAUUGACGAAGCAAACGGCUCUGAUUGGUCAAUUUAGAGUCUGUUUUUCGCCUUAAGUUGAAGGUUGACAAAAACUAACGAGCUUUCACGUAAUAUGUAUAAACUUGCCAGUUUAUACAAGAACGCUAUCUUUGGCUUUGUGGCGGCGUUUUUUCAAACGCUCGGAUGCAAAGAUAGCUAGAAAUAUACAAAAUCAGCUAAGAUAAACACAAACGUUUUUAAAAUCUAUACAGAGACGAUAAGAAUGAUAUGUAAGCUAUGAAAAGUUGUAAAACCCUUACAUUGCGCCCACACAAAUACCUUCCAGUCCAUCAGGUGUAGGCUAAAAUUCAAAAUUCCGGAUCUUCUUUUUUGAGAAUUUAAGAGAUUUUAAAAAAAGAACUUUACAAAGUCUUGGGUAUUUUUUGCGAUGACGAGUAUUUUGUUAGGUUUUAAGCUUCAGGUGACGAUAAAAAAAAUCAGUUUAACUCAGGAAAAAGGUUAUCUUUUUGCGAUUUUCCCAGUGGCCAGGUUGGAGGGCUGACGCUUCUCUUGUGUUCUUUCCGAUGAAACGGCACAAAGAGUUUUGGUGAUUUUUCCGGAAAUUUGUAUAUACGCCUACAGUGGAACCCUGCCUGAUCGUCUUCCAGGGACCAUCGAUGACCAGUGAAUACUUGGUCGUGUUAACGUGUUGGUCAUAAUAACUAAAUCAGCAUUACCAUACUAAGCGUUUCUAGAACAUGUCUUCACAGUUUAUCAUUUAAUUCUAUAUAGAAUGAUCGAUGAUUCCGUAUUUUCCACGCCUUUCGAUAAAAGAGUGCAUACGGGUUGUCAGAUCGAAUGUUUCCGACUCGCCAUCCGGCAAAAUGUAAGGAAGAUAGCAACUAGGCAUGGUCAAAGGUCGUCUUAGUCUUAUAACAGGAUGGUAGAAUAAAGAAAUAAAUGGACCUUGACUUGGUCUAGAAAAAAAGCGUCUGUAAUUACAGAAUGGUCGUAUGGCGGGCAUCCACUGUACUUGCAAAGUGUACGCUAAUGUCGUACCCAGAUCACUUUACGGUUUCGACGACAAGAAAUCUGGGUACAAGAUUAAGCGUACGCAAAUGAAGCUAUUAAGAUUAUCUAACAAACGGAAACUGUUACAUAGUACACUUUUCGUUUGUGGAAUCACCCUUGAGGUUUCUCUAAUAUUCCCUCUGUGUUUCAUUAGUAAGCCCUUAGUUUUACCUCCACCAGAGGCCUCGUUUCAGCGGUUUUUCAUGGAAACGAGUUCAAAUGGUUAUUGUGAAUUCUUUCAACUCAUUAACCUCGUUUGCAUACCUUGUGAGUAUUUCACCGCAUGCUCAACCGUGAUAAAAGUCGUGUUAAAAUUAUUUCUACACUCUAUUUCAAACCGUGUGUUUGACGCUUUUCCUUAUAAUUUGGCCUCGCACCAGGACUUUUCGCUUUUUGUUUCAAGGUCGUUUGGAAGCCUAGGUUGAUUAUGAUCAAUUCUAUUUGGCGUUGAAAAAGGGCCGUCUUGUGUAAUUUACAGUAAAGGUUCUCGAUUGCCUGAAACGCUAUCGAACGGGCUAGUAGGUUUAUCUUGCACCUUACUGGUGCUAAGAUAAACAUGGCCGAUCAUAUUUGCCAAUUUCUUGAAGCCCUUCUUUCUCUUUACCCCAAGGGGUCAAGAAAAUUCCAAAUUCCACGUUGUUUAAUUCUGCAAGACACCAUGGGAAAGUACUGCUGAAGAUGUUUCAUUUGAAUGGUCACAUCAUAUGAUAGGAUCCGUAGAAUCACAAUUGCCUUUUAUUACAGUUAAGGCAAUUGUAAUGCAUUACAAUUGUCAUAAUUAUCUCAGGGAGUGAGAGGGUUUAUGCUUUUUCAGUGUGUUUCCGUUAUGAGAGAGUCGCCGCAGAUAUUGAGAAUUUCAUCGAAAAAGCAAUAUAACCUGUUUGUUUACCUAUAUCCUCGGUUUUUAUCUAUGCUGGAAAUGAUCAGGGGUUUUUUGUUUUUAUUUUUCACGUUCGAUUCGACCAAUAUUGUGUAAGUUGUUGACACCUGCCCAAAGCUCCCUCGCCGGCAUCACGUCGAUAACUGACAGAAAAGGAAAUGAAAUCAGAUAGGAGUUUUUAAGAUCCCAAGGGCCAGUAAAAGUCUAUUGCUCAAUAACUAAUUAUUUUCAAGAUAAACUUUGAAUAAUGCGAUAAGGCGACUGAGCAGUUAGGUAAUUUUUCGUCGAUGCUCUCUACAGAGCUCGGGUACCGCGCCGUUUUUGAAGUUUGUCCAUCCGGAUGCACGAAGUCAUAAUAUUCAAAAACGACAAAAACAAACGUUUUCAACAUCUGCUACAGCUAAAAACCUUUUCUGGUGGUCGUUGAUAGAUUUCUCGGCUAGAUUUUAAACAUUGGGUGGAUUUUAUUAACACUAGAAAUGGAAGCGCAGGUCCACGUAAUGAACGAGGGAAGAUUUUUGCUGUCAAAUAUGAUAUCUGUACGUGAGAAAGUAUAAUCGCUACUAUUAGACUUGAUGGAAAUUGGGAAUAGUAUACGCUGUACAUACGUUAUCACGUAGAACAAAGCUACUGUAAGGUGAGAAAAGAGCGAGGUUUAUAGCAUAUAAUUUCCGUGCUUUCACUCAAAAACAAUGAAGAAACUGUUCGAUUAACUCCCACGACAGGGUUAUUCAAAUUAGGAACAAAUCAUCACAGUGGACUCUUUGUUCGUGAUCACUUCUGUUGUAAACAUCUGAGGACAAACGUCUGUCCUCUCCCCCGCAUUGUCAAAAAUAAAAAUCAGAUUUUUUCAGCUGUUAUCGUGGGUAAUCAAGGGAUUGUAUAAUUAAGCAUCAUCUUCGCAGGGCAGGGUACAGAUUGGAGUGUUUUUAGAAAUUCAAGACCGUUGUUUUUUCUUUGUGGUCUGCGAAAAUAGAAAUUAUCUGAAAGAGAUUUACGAUCACCUCGAUAGGAACAGGUCAGAGAAGGGUUCGAAAACCAGAGGAAGGUAGCUGAAGACAUGAUUACAAAGGUACAUAAAGUAACUAUUGCUUCCUUAUCUUCAAAAGGUUUAUACGAUGACAAUUGUACUGUGGGUUUAUAGACGCCUUAAAGAUCAACAUGGCGUCUUAGUCUAUUAGUACUUCCAAACAUCGCUUUGGAAUCACCUUUUUAACUGCAAUGGCUCAUAAGUAAGAUAGAAAGUUAUGCAUAUAUAUUCGGGCACUUUUUAUUUGUAUACUGGUAAUUAAUUAGUGGUCAGUACUAAGUGUAAUAUACGACGAUGAAGAGCAAGUAAAUCAACUCUUUUAACCUGUGUACUCCAAAAAACUUGUUACGUUUAUCAGACUGCUAUCUCCUCGCCCAAAAAAAGGUGCUCUUUUAAACAUCCUUUGACGCGUUACUGUAAACUGUUAUUGCUUCCGACAACUUCGAUCACUUAAAACUUUUAUUAACUGCUAAAAGCCAACUUUCAUAUUUUGUAUUUAUGAUUCAAAAAGCGAAUCAGCAGAGGGGACUUCAGAUUAAGACUUUUUUGUAACCUCCUAAUGAUACCUUUUUGUCAAAAACCACAAAAGGAAUCAACAGUGACAGAUUUGAGACUGUCAUCGAUCACAGUUGUAGUUAUUAAAUUAAUGUCAUGCUUUAUUUCUUUCACAUCAAACUUUAUUUUCAAGCUGUCGCUGGGGUAAUCACGCGCUAGCUUAGGCUCUUGUUUUAGUUUUCUAAGACUGUUGUGGCUACAAUCUUAGCAGUUAAGCCUUGACCCACGCCGAACUAACAUUCAUUUUAGAUCUUCAGCCUAAGUGUUCAAUGGCUAUUCAUUAUGAUGGCUACUUGACUUAAUAUCCUUUUUAAGUACUAGAUCGUCAUAACUCAAAAUUACAUCAACGAUUUUCGCCUCCACUUCUUUGACGCAAGCCAUCUGGUCAUUUUUCUUUUUUUUUACGUUCGUAUUCGUUAUUUUUCUCCUCACUGUCUUUGAAGGACUUAGAGAGCAAAGUUAAUAGUUACAGAAUUGAAAAAUGAAUAAAAAUAUCCGUAAUGGUAAAUAAGACAUUGACGUAUUUUAGAUCGGACGAAUCAUUAAAUCAAACCACCGGAGAUAAAUUGCCUGCUUUUAAGUGUUGAGAUUAAUUUACUUUCAUCUUUGUCGGUAUGCGAUGUUUUUUUUUUUCUCAUCGGCGUGAUAUAUUUGAUUAGUUCCAUUAAAGAAAUUUAAGUGACUGGUAUGUUUUCUCUUAACUGUUAGUAAGGGACGGACCAUUAGAAAAGUUAUGGGGGGGAGGGUGGGGAAUUUUCGAGCUGCAGGAAUUUUUCUUCGUUAUCAAAUUCUUUGUAUGAAUUUUUUUAGGCCAUGGUAUGAAUAAUUUUUAGGGUUAAUUGGCGUGCAUGAAGUUUUUUCAUUUAAUUUUCCCUUGCGGGAAUAUUUUUUUGUACUUCCCCCCCCAUAAGUUUUUUAAUGGUCCUUCCCUAAAGGAGAUCAGCUCUCUUGACGGCAGGUGAUUCUAUUAGUAUGCAAACUGAAUAUUCAUCGGGAAUGUGACAAAAGAAUUUCAGAUGAAAGGCGACCAUUUGCCACAGCAGGUCAAUAGAAGGUAUGGGGAAGUCCGAAAAUCUGAUGUCCAAUUUGAUAGAUAACAGGACAGUAUUACCUAGCCUACGCUUCCAUUCAUGAUUGUUUUUCCAAAGGUCGUUAGCCAUUUGACAGAUUUUACAGACAAGAAUGUACCAAAUUGCAGUAACAUUUUCGCAAACUUUUGCCUCAAAGUUUUAUUAACGUUUGUGUCUCAAUUUGUUCAUUCAUGAAACGUUUACAUUUUUUUCCUUUGAUGCAAUCAAUGUCUGUCCCUUUUAGAAAUUGUGGAUUAAAUUCCGGUCGGGGAGGAAAAAUUCCGUCGUAACUGAUUUCAUGUGUGAACACUUAACCCAUUCGCUCUCGGGAAAUUGGCCGAAAAACGCCUUUUGAAGCUAGUCGAGCCGUUUCCUGUUCACUGUCCGCAAACGAAUACGCUGCAGAAUGUAGGAUCAAGCUGAUUAACUUUAUAAGACAUCAAAGUGUCUGAUUGAUGUCUUUAGUUGCAAAGUUAACGAAGCACGGUCAACAUUGCAGAAUUCUCCAUGUGUCUACUUGGUAUAUUUUUGCUGAACAGGUCUUCUAUAGAUCCUACGUUCUGCGGCAUCUUCUUUUGCGGUCCUUUGCAGUUGAUGUUCAUUUGUUAUUUGAAGCAGUCAUCAUCAGUCGUUGUUUCCUUUGAGAGUUAAGUUACUCGAUAUUUGCUUUAUUUUCUUCAAAUAUGCUAGAGGAAAUAUCUAGAAAUGAGGCUCAUAAAAAAGGUCCAUAGAUUUAAAAAAAAAGGACGACUUGUUGUAGUGGCAGUUUUGAUUUAUGUCCCUCCACUCCCCGCCCCUUUUUAAGGUUGAAAUGUGUCGAUAUCGUAACUUAUCUAAUUUCUCGACAGAAUCCUUGGAAGUAAUCUCACGUCACGUUGCUAUCAAAUUUUCGGCAGUAUUCAAAACGAAAAUUUUAGGAUUGUCUGUUUCGUCACGUGAUUCCACUGUUUUUGACGUUGUAAGGACUGUUAUAGCAUUUGUUUGAAAAAAUUUCAGCGUCUCUCUUUAGCGCUCCUUACAUGAAUUACUAAUACUUGCUUAAUUAAAACAAGAAAACAGUUCAAGAUAGAAAUUAGCUUCGGGAAAGGCUGUUAUUGCUAAUUGUCGUGUGUCAAGUUUUUGUUGCAAAUAACAGAAAUAAGCUACUCAGUUGUGGGUUCAAAUUCUGCAAAAUACAACUGUUUUCUUUCCCAUUAUGCUCUUGCCAUAUUUGGCAUUGACUUUAAACAAAUUCCUUAAAUAGGAGAAGAGUCACUUAACAUCAGCUUUAUCAAAUUUUUGUUUUCCCUUCAUACGCUGUCCAGCAAAACAACCAAAGGUCAACUAUCCGAUGACAUUAAUUUUUCCAAACUUCUCUCAAGACUUACCCUAACCGGCCUCGCUUAAUUAACAGUGUCUGCACGCGAUUGUUGAACUCUUUUACAACUCUAGAUUAUAUAUAUGCAAAGACAUAUUUUUAAACUCUGUAAAUGAUCUAUCUUGGUCGUCUUUCAGACUUUGCCCCUGGAAAUUGCCUGUCCCGAUUCUGGCCCAACAAGGUUCCCCAGGAAUCAGACAGGAAGUCUGUGUUAACUCAUUUUCUGCAUACCCUUCUAUCAAAUUAACUGACCAUUCUUUCGUUGAUUCAUUGACGACUUGUGUCUACCCAGAAGCCUGUUUUGUAGUAACCCUUCUUAGCUUUUACUGAAUCUGUUCUCAGUGCCAUGAUGUCAAUAACUGUGCACGUGGCCAAGAACAUACCAUUUGCACGAGAGCGCUACAGGUAGUGUCUCGUUCAUUUGUUUUAACCGAAAGGGUCCAACUUCAUUUUUUCUGACAGGGAUCAAGAAAGCUUAGUCACAUUCCACACUUUCGCGUUAGUCUACCUGAGUUUUUAUCAGCUUUCUUAUCUCCCCCUCUCAAGCGAGCAUAAAAAUCAAUGCCUUGAAUGUUACCUCCUUAACCUUUAGCUUUUCUCUUCUUGAGGUUAGUUGUCACGGAGGGGGGACUGCAGGGAAUUCUUGGUGCUGGUGUGCCGCCCGGUUCUCCAAAUCCUAACCCUAUUUCAGGCCAAAAAGAUGUCAUUUUCCACACCUGGUUUCAGACCUGGCCACUAAAAUUCAUAACCGUUUUCAGACCAGGUCUUCAGAAAUUAUGUCAUCAUUGUUAAUUGUUUAGAUUAAAACACCAACAAUAAAGAUUUCUCACAAUCCAUUUUAGGAAUUCUACUUUCUAUCUCAUUGAUUUGGAUUUGAAACUUUAAAUACGUUCAUACACUCCCGUAGUUCCGUCGAAAACCAUACUCGAUUCCAGACAAAAAUGUGCAAAAUCUAUACCCGUUUUCAGACCAAAACGGCGCAAAAACCAUACUCUCUGGGGAUGGCACAUACCUAUAUGGCUAAUAUAAGGGAGUACCCCCGGGUUAGUUAUACAUGCAAAUUAGCUAUUACUUUUGGGAUCUGUGGACAAAAUCCGAUUAUAUGACGGUCCAAAUGAAACUUCUUCAGCAGUGUUUUCUUACAUUCCUUUUCACAAUUGAUUUCACUCCAAAAGGUCAUUUGAGAUUUCUUUUGGAUGCAGGAAAGUUAGGUUUCGCUCGAAUUUGCAUGAUUGACUACAAGUCAAAACUACAAGUGUAACUUUUCAAGAAUCCACUUCAUGUGGAUAACAUCGAUCAAAAGAUUGAUAUGUUAAAUCUGUUGUCAAAUGAGGACUCACGUAUCAUUUAGAGCUUGUAUAGAAGAUCUUUAGUGUUGAUACUUUUCUUCGUCAAGUGCUGUUGAAAGUAGAGCAAUUGUGUCAUCAAGGUGGAAAACUGAAAGGAUCGCCAGCUGCUGUUCGCAUUAAUGUUUUUGUGUCAGGCUUGAUGAAUGUCAGCCUCACUUUUAAAGGAAACAAAAAAAUCAGCUAGAAAGAUAACGAAACUCCAGUGGAACCUAAAGAUUUUUAAUUAGUUACAUGUAUUUUUAUUUUAAUCAACUUAUGCCUCUAUUAAGGAGUUUACAUCCUUAAGAAAUUGCUGAGUAAUAUGCAUGGAAAAUUUCAAUGACUCUAUCACAGGCGGAUUUAGUAUAUCACGGUCAAUUGCUCUGAUAAUAAUUAAAAAAUAAAUAAAAUGAAAUAGAUCCUGUAAAAGUUUAAUAUUUACAGUAUGUACGGGUCUUUAUUAUAUCAGAAAAUUUCAGCGAGACGGGAAGGUAAGGCUUGUUGGAGAUAUUGCUUGUUUAUCCUUGUAUUUUUUGGUGUGUGUUUCUAUUUGAACAAAAAAGGACUUUCUUCGAGUUAUCUGAAUAAUCCAAAGAUUGCACGAGAAACCCCUCUGAUCGGAAAUGCGAUCUUUUGUAGGUCUCAAACUUGCCAAUGCUUGAUUUGAUAAGACGAAUCAGAUCUUGGAGAAAAUCACGAAACAUGUAUAACAACUUUCAAAGUCCUCUUGCUUAACGAAAACGAGAAAUCCUAUUCCUGAAUUUGGGAGGGAAUACUUUGUCAGCGAUUAUGGUAUAACGAUGUCAUGCCAGAGAGCAAAAGAAACAAAUUUUAAGCAUGACAAACAUAUUUUAAUGUGAUGAUGUUGACUGUUUGGCAAUAUAAUAAUAACUCAUCAGACCCACUUAUUACGUUUACGAUGGGAAAACCUGUUGGACUUAUAAAGUGCCAUGUUGCCCGAAAUUCUUAUAUCCAACCUGGAAAAGAAUAAACGUCAUUGCUGUGUAUUGUGACAAGAUGAAUAAGUUUUCGAUAUUUGGCUUUAAAAAAAUGGUUUUUGGACGAUUUUUCCCGCAAUGUUUUGAUUUUACAAGGGGGAUGUUCGUUACUACAAUGAGUUGAGAAAAGGAAGUCAUGAAUAAACAAAUGUGAAAUGCGCCCGUGGAGAAGAUCUGUUGUUUAUGUAAACAAUGGUUAAAAAUACAUUGCUUGCCUAGUAGGGGAACCUGAAAUUUAUUACCAUUCCUCACGAAAAAUUGUUCAGUUACUCAGUGUAGUUUUACAAGUUGCUGUCAUUUUUGCAAUCUCUGCCAGCUAUGAUAGCAGGAAAGCGCUAAACUAGAGAGGCGAUGGUUAAGUGGAAAUGCAUACCUUUACGACCAGAAAACCGGAAAAAUGAUUUCUUGCAUUCCUGAUAACUGAAAAUGACGGCUCGGGCCGUCCUUCGUGGCGUAAUUGAAAUAGCUGUGUGCAUAGGAGGUAACAAAAGAUAACAUAGGAACGGGGACAUUUAACCCUUGCCGCGCCCAAUUCCCUCCUACAGAUGAUAACACGACAUAAAGUUCAAAUCAAAAGUAACUAACUACCCACAUCUUUACGGACGUUCUUAUAUAGCAACGCUGGACACGAACUAAGCAAAGCAGACUUCCCUCAGAGCGACGUAAAAGCCUAUCCCUAUUUCCGUGUGUGGGUAUAGAUAUUAAGCGGAGAAAUUAUUCUACCGCUUUGUGUGUAUUGUGAAUGCAUGCAUAUCGUUGACACAGAGGAACAGCGGGUCAGUGACGGAAAGCUAGAAAAGAUAAAAGCCAAUCACCGUUAGUCAGUCGGUGAAAAGGACGAUUUUCUUUUGCCUGUAUAAGAAAGAAACUGUGCACACGUUAAGUUAUGGCAACUAAGGCCUUUUAUAAGGUAAGAGUGUUUUAAUUGUCGCCUUUUUUAAGCCCAUUAAGUGCAAUUUAAUUACAAGUACACCUAAUUUAUGAACAAGCUUUCGUCUUGGGCACGAGCACAGAGAACUUGAUCUCUGCAUGUAAAACAAAUUAAGCUAACUUGUUUUAGAAAGAGUUUAUAAACGGACUUGCAAACGCAUAAUUACUUUGCCAAAAGACCCUGCUACCACCCAAUGCGAGUAGACGCUAAUGGCCGGAAUAACCAUCGACUCUACUUUUUAGGACAAAUGCAAUUUGUGCAUUGCCUAAUCAUUAAUAUAUAACGGUACACAAAUCGUUUACCUUAGUUAAGUAGUUUUGACGAGCGUAUUUAUGUUUAGAAAGUGAGUUGUUGUUUUUACCGGCAAUAUUUUAAACAAAUCGAACCCUGUAGGUCUGAAAGAAUAUUGGCGACGUUAAAAAAAACAUAAAAUUCUUAGCAGUUCCGGGUUGUAUUAACUUUGAGAUGCAAUCUGUUUCCAUCCGUUCCCUAUCUAACCCAUAAUUAUCUCAGUAGAGUACUGGCCCAAUAGUAAUCAAAAUUCCUUUUCCUGUUUUAGACCUUUGACAAAGUGAACCGUCCCAGUGAGAUUAUGAAACUCAAACGCGCCUACUGAGACCAAUGUUGAAUUGCUGCUUAAAUCUGGGACUGUAUGCGAAUGUGUGAAAUUGAUUUUUAAAAUCCUUGUAAUAAAACAAAAAUUUUGAGAGAUGUAAGAAUCGAAACUGGCGGAACGACGUGAGCACAAAACACGAAAAACUAAAGAGUUGUUGUUUUAUGAACUGGUAAAAAUAGCAAACCAAUUCAAUAUUACUUUUAUAGCUUAAUGGUACCUUAUAAAAAAAAAAAUGAUUGAAUGAUUAGAAAUUACCGAUAUUAACUUGCCGGCGUAGAAAAUAGGAAACCUUGGAGAUCAAGAGAAAAGAUAACCAGAGAACGAAUUGAUUAGAUAGUCUUUCGUUAUAUAAUGAUAGACCAAAACCGGGCAAAUUAUGUCUCGCCAAGGAAAAUGCUAUUACUUAGACCUUUUUCAGUUGUCACAUUAGGGCCAAUCGAAUGGUACGCUGUUUCUUUCAAAUUUCUCUCAACGGGGGUACAAAUUGCGAAAUCUAGAACUCAUUUCAUUUCGUGGCAGUAAUUACCAUCUACUUCAUUUUCUUUCCUCACAUGUUAUUAAAUAUUUAUGUAAAAAAGAGAGGUGAUGAGAAUUCAGAGAUUCGUCAUAGGAACACCAUCUUGAUGCCCCAGCCAUUUGUAAUGUAGAUCGGUUUGCACGCUACCAACACACCCCAAGAUCGACAUGCACUAUUUUUCUUUUCUAGUACACUUAGAUACCAAGCGGACAAAUGAAAAUGCGAUGCCAAAAUUCACGGAAAAUCCCACACAGUUUGCUUUUGAAAAAAGGUCGAAAAAGAAAUGGCACAAAAUCGGUACCAAGCGCCAAAAGAGGUCUUGUUUAAAUGUUCGCCCUAGGAUUUCGUCCAUAGUCUCAAAAGUUCUAACCCCCUACAUUAUGAUGUCUCAAUAACUGACUGGCAAUGAGCCACUUAGAUAAACAAGGCAAUGUUUCCGAAAUUCCGUAGCUUACCAGACGCCUCAAAAAGCUUGAUUUUAUUAUCGUAACAUAGGGUGAAGUUCAAGGGGUGAUGUGUAGUUUUAACGGUCUGUCACGAAAACAAGUCUGAUGGACCCUAAUCUACUUUUAUCCUUGUAUAAUCGGGCACUUUAUCUCCAACAAAUUUGUUCUUGUUUGUUAGAAUCAUUUGUCGAAUUUUUAUACGAAUAGGGAGCAUAUUUUUCAAGUACUUGAGGAGUGUUUCAUCAAGACACCAGGUCAAGGUUGUUUAAACGCUGGAUAGCGCUAUCCACUUGAUAAAUCACUAUCCAGUGGAUAAGUAUUAAGGAAACCGUGUGAGACUUCAAUGUCAGGGCUUUAAAACAGAGUAUACGGGAAUUUUACGGCAGAGCCUCUCUGUUUGUUGCGCCGUACUGACGAGCCCCAAAAAGGGUGAAACAGCUGUCCACUGCUACGAGCUCGCUCUGUUUUUGGCUCUUUCGGUGUCCGGUUGAUGUCUUGCACAGUUAAUUUUCACGUAGUACGAUCAGCUUUGCAGCAUUCAGUGUGUCUACUCAAUUGUGUUAUCCACUGAAUACGGAUUUAUCUAAUGGAGAGUGCUAUCCACCCCCACCUUAUCCUUUUAAGUUCCAAGAGUGACCAAAGUCAAUUUUCUCCAAACAAAAUCAAUACAUAAUCAAGGGAAAAUGUGGUAAGAAUUAAUAAAAUAAUCACCUGAUGGGAAAAGCUUUGAUAUACAAACAAAUUCUCGUAACCAAUUCUUCAAGGAAAUGUAUGGAGAUCAGUGCGGGGAAUUUAUAUUUACAUAUUGGGGUUUAAAAGGUUAUCAGCAACUGGGGCCAGGCCCCGUUUGUUCAAACAUGGGGUAGAUAACGUUAACCACUGGAUAAAUCUCUCCACUGGAUACUUUACCACCGGAUGGUGCUUUUUCCGCUGGAUAGCGUUAUCCAACGUUUGAAGAACCGGGGGCAGGUUGAUAAAACCGGGGGCGUCUUUUUUACUGACUACAGAGGAACAUCACUGCGUGCAGCCUGAAGUGUCCGUUUUGAGAGAGGUGUCUGUCAUAAAGAGAGUAAAAAUAAACCCCUGAAGAGCAUUAGGGAUCAACUCUCAGAGCUGUCCGUUUUAGAGAGGUGUCCGUGUCUUUUAGACUGGCACUUCGCGUCCAUCCUAGAUCAAGGUGUCCUGCCUUACGGAGAAUCAAAGACUAAAUAACCGGUAGGGACCAACUCAAGCUCUCUGUUCAAGAGAGGUGUCCGCCGUGUCUUUGGGAUUGGCUCUUAGACCAGUUAGUGUCCGUCCUAGAGAGGUGUCCUGCCUUACAGAGACUCAAAGAAUAAAAAACUGAUCAUGCUGUUUGAGUUUUAGAGAGGUGUCCAUCCUUGAUAGAAGUAUUCGCAGAAGAGUUGACUGUAUUUUUUGUUUUUUUUUUUCACAAAGAAAUAACGGAUUUUGCGUAUGUGACUUGGGACAGCAGUCUUGGGAAUUGGCAACCUUUUUUACAUUUUCACUCGUGUUCUCGCACACUACGUGUCACAGGGCAGGGAAGGGUCUGGUGGUGAUGAUGAUGAUGAUGAUCUCGUGAUAAUGAUGAUAAUUAUUAUAAUAUGCAGUUCUAACUCUGUCAAACUUUAGCAAAAAAUACCAUUAUGGACAAAAUGCCACUGUUUCACCUUUCAAACGAGACCUCUUUAUGGACUUUUACAUGGUGCUAGCAUUUUACAAUGAUUUUUUAUUGACUUGUAACUUAGGCCACAUUACUCAAAAUGAAAGGGAUAAGUGAUAUGUUAGAAUUUUGCUCACACACGACGCAGUGGUUAAGCUUUCGUGUCACUUAUCAGGACCUAGGGUCACCCACUGACGCCUUGAAAACUGCUAAAUUAAAGCCCACAAAUAAUAAAACAGUGUAUUUAUUUCAUCAACAUAUCCUCGGCAAUUACAGUCGUAGGUUUGGUCUGUCAGUUUCCCACGUUUUAGCGUGUUCUAAUGCACGCAAUUGCUUACAUUUGUAGUAAUGUAGUUUUAAAUAACUUACUACCAGUUUACUGAACCCUGUAUACAAAGUGUCUAACGUUCAGACAGUUCAAGUAAAAGUUGUUUCAUUUGCCGAUGAAUAAUCCCGGCUUUGCUGUGUGUUGCGGCAUUCUCAGUUUUUAGAGUUAGAAAUAGAAGGCACAUUGAGAUCGGAACCAUAUUCGUAUCAUCAAAUUAGGUUAUCAGCAAACUUCCUUUAUAUGUGUUGAUAUAUAUGUGGUAUAUCACGAACUGAACUAAUCACGAUAUAGCGACUUCAAUUAAGCUUCUGCGACUUCUGUAGCUAUCUUUUUUCUUCUCUUCUCUGCAGAUCUUUUUUAUGAAAAAAGUGCAAGAGUAAAGAAAGAACUGAAUUAGAACAAACGUGAGGAGUGCGAAAUGCUAUGAUAUGAACACGUGGGACGCGAGAUGAAAAUAGUUCUUCGGGAAGUGUGUUUUUCCUAGUUUUAUUUAGGUGAGGUGAAAUAUUGGGGCGAAGUGAGUUCGCGCUUCACCAAAACGGUUGCGAGAGGAGACUAGCGAUUCCGCCGCAGGAUAUCGAAAUGAACCCGCAGUUAAUCGUAAUGGGAUUAGGGCUUAUUUUAGGCACUAAGAAAAGGAAAACGCUUUAAGACAUGCAAUCUUAAUCUAGCUGAUAAAAUAUAGCAGGAUAUGGUAGUUCAGUUGGGGAACAACACAGACAAUAAGCUCAAUGAAAUUGUUGUCCUUGACGGUAAUAUAAAUAAUUCUAUAAGAGAGUUUAUAUUAGCAAUUAUAAAGUAGUGCCAUUUAGUGUCACCAAGAUCUUUAGACCGAUGUUCUUUCCAUUUUUAAAUUAAAACUUUAAGUCAAGUAAGCCGCUCUUUUUUUUUACAUUCUUAAUGUAAUCCUAAACUAUACAAAUUUUGAAAAGUUGCCCGUAAUGUAUACUUCAGCGUUUUUUAUUAUUACCGUAAACAGUAAGGCGAGAUGAGGUUUAUCAGGUGAACUUCCUCUUUAUGGCUUUUAUCACAAACUUAGCUAAGCACUGAAUAUAGCUUUAUAAUUAUUAUCAUUGCGUUAAUAACUUUGGUAGAGUCUUUAAGCGCGGUCCAAAGGAGUAUUGGUGAAAUUUUGCUUUUUCAACUAUUCUUCAGUUUACCGGACAGAGCAUUGCAACAAACAGCACACAGUUAUUUCCCUGUGUUUUCACUUUAUUCAUCUUUAGUGUUUUAGAAACAUACAUAUUUUAUUCAAAAAUGGUUAAAAAGAUCGUAGGCGAUAUUGUGUAAGUGGCAUUAAAAUCAGGUUUGAUAGCCUAAAACUUUUAAUAUUUAUUUUACCGAUUUCAAGUGAACUAAUCUAUGUCUUCUGUGUCUCGUCGCUCGGAUGGUUGUUAGGCAGAAAUAUUUAAUGUAAAAGUUCACCUAUUUGGCGAAUUCCUACCUAGCAAAACUCUUUCGGAAAAGAGGGUAUCCCGUCCGCAUCUAGAUUACAUAUCGACCUUGGCGACUGUUACUGAUUCAUCUGGUGUUCUUGGUUUGUUUUAGUUUCAUGAAGACUUGCUGAACAUAUUAAUCAGCUCCACCCACUUUUGCUCUUCCUCGAUCAUCUGAACGAGCUGCGGUUUCCUUUCCUGUAGGUCUUAACAUACUUGCUUGACAAAAAUCUGAAUUUACUUUUUAAUCUCUACACAGCUAUGGUUCUUUCUAAUCACUGGCUUGUUUGCGUUAACAUUAAAAUCCGCCGGCGGGGCAUCUGUGUACUCGUUGGUAUCGAAGACUCCUGACCGUGACUGCCAGCCCGUCAAACGCGACUUACUCCGACUUCAACUUGGAAAUGGGUACAAUCAACGCUACAUGGCCAUGGACGACAAUGAUCUUCGGCACAAAACCAAGCAAUCAUUAUUCUUUGAUGAGAAGCACGCGAACGAUGUCAAGAACGUGAGCAAGAGGUCGCUUGUUCAGAGUACCGAUCCCACCAUCGAAUGGACGUGCCAGACAACAAAAACCUGGUUAGACUUGGGCGCAAAUUUUUUCCCGCGUCACGUCAGGUCGGUCAUAUGCUCAACUAGCAAAUGUUGGUAUCAACAUUUCCAGUGUCGACCGAAGAAUUACACGAUCCAGGUGUUAAAGAAGAAGGAUGGUGUGUGUUUAAGGGUGUACUCCCGCACAGGGAGGCCACGAUGGCAAGACUUUUGGGAACCCAUCGAUUAUCAAAUAACUGUAGGCUGCGAAUGCGGUCAUUGA